AUGAGUGAUGAAGAUAUCAAUAGGGAAUUGUCUGUCAAGGAGAUGAAGGAAUGGUUGAUCAGCCUUGGAAUCUCUGCGAACGCCCUUGGCAACCACGUUGAAACGCUAUACUAUGAUCAUGGAUUCACGGACAAAGCCUCGCUAAUUGGGAUUUCCAAGAAUGAUUUGAAUGAGGUGAACGACUCGAUCAGAGAUGAAGGGGCCAAGUUACCAGUGGCUCUCAGGAAUAGGUUGGUUGCCAAUUUGGCACUGAAGAAGCAGCCGCUCCCAGUCGUCGCCACAGAUCUGGCAGCGAUUAAUGAGCAAAUUCAGGCCUUUAACCCUGCAUUGGAAUUUGCUAAAAAGGAAAUGGAAGAAGCGACUGAUCACAAACCUAUGUCAGCGGCAUCCUUCGGCUUUGCAAAACUGCUUCUCGAGGGAUACCAAAUCUCAGUAGAAACGGAUGAACCUUGCAUGGACCCUGGACCAGGAGACGAGGCCAAUCCAACUCCGUACGAAUGGAAAGUUGAAACGAAGGAUGGGGACACGAUCAAGAAAGGGGAACACCAAUGGACUCCCGAAGCAAUGUAA